AAAACUACUUGCAACGUAUGAAUAUUCCUUGUUUCGGGUACCAUGGACGGAAUAUUGUGGACCAAAUAUUUACACAAAUAUCAUCUUUUUUUGCCCAAUUGUAAUCUUGGUUCGAUAUAAUGGCUGCUAUCAAGAGCCAUUCAUCAUCUGCGAAUCAAUCAAAUUAUCGGAAAAAGAAUCACCAACAUUGCAUUGAAAUGGAAUUGAAUGAAAAGAUUCAACUUGUAUUAUCAUUGAUCAAAUCCAAUGAAUUAGAACACUUUUGUCCGCAUGCUAUUCGCCGGAAAAUGUUGGCUUUAUCACGUUGUCCACUUGGACCGAAUUCAUCGGACGAUGAUCGAAUGAAAAUAAUGCGCACAGUGAUUGCUAUCGGCAAUCGUGUUGCAUUCGAAUUACUAAUCAAACAUUCCAAUUCACAUCGGAUCAUAUCUAGUCUAUGGGUUGCCGUCCGUAAUCGUGGUUGCCAAUUUCUUGGUCCUGCCAUUCAAGAAGAAGUUCUCAAACUUGUGAUUCUAGCUUUGGGUGAUGGAACUCAAUUGACGAGAAAAGUUCUGGUUCUGUACAUACUGCAAAGGAUGGAGAAAAUUUACCCGUUACAGGCAACAAAAACAUCGGUCGGUCAUGUUGUACAGAUUCUUUAUCGAGCUAGUUGUUUCGAGAUUAUCAAACGAGAAAGCGAAUCAUGCCUGAUGCAACUGAAAGAACAAUACAGAAAAUAUAAUGAUCUUAGACGUGAGCACGACGCACAAAUCAUAUCAAUGGCGCUUGAAUCUGGUAUAAGAUUAUCGCCCGAACAAUGGUCAUCGUUGCUUUACGGUGAUCAACGUCACAAAUCAAAUAUGCAAUCAAUUAUCGAUAAACUGAAUGCAACAAAUGCACCAUUCGAUCGACUUGUCGAUCAACUGGCAAAAACUUUAGCCGAAGAACAAGAUUACGUCCACCUAGCCGAUACUAUCGUCCAUUUUAGGCGUUUAGUACAAUUUGAACAAAAUAUCGAUGAAGAGAAUACCUGUCAGCAUUCCAACAUUGUUAUGGCAGUCGAUUCAAUAAUAUUGAUUGUAACCAAGAUGAUUACAUUCAUAUCAUAUAUCUACGACAGAACUGGGAGCUAUUCUUUGUACAAAAACCCAAUGAAAAAUCAUUUCAUUUAAAAUUAAUAAAAAUCUUACCCUCCCGAUGAUCUCUGAUUGAAACG